CAAAAUUUCUGGUUAACAAACACAGCUUGAACUUAACACUCAAUUUGGUAGAAAAAAACAUCAGUGGAAGGUGUACACAAAACACUUACACAUUUGUUGUUAUCAAAAUUUUCUUCCGGACACGGAAACAAAAUCCGUCAAAGACCAGAGCCGACCAUGUAUCCUUUCGCAUUUUGGAGGAGCGAGGUCAAGAAACAUCAUCCCGAUCAGGUAUCGCCUAUCUGGAAGGAUUUGAAUGCAACAUUUGUGGCUGUCCUGAGCUGGAGCUGGCUUAUAUAUUUACUGGCGGGUCUGGUCAUCCUGGUGUGCGCAUAUUUUGCUUACUGUGAACGCUGUCGGAGAACAGAGACGGUGCGACGCCGACGGGUGAUUCAGCGUGCCCAGGAGCGCCCUCCACAAAAGCGACGUCCUAAUGCAGCUUACCGGGAUCAUCAAAUCUAUCGCCACAUCAUUUUGAGUGUCGCAAAGUACAUGAAGAACCCGGAGGGCAUCCGUCCAUUUAUCGAUCACAUGGACCAGCUAUAUCCACUGAGACAUGCCCUGGCCGAUCAGCAGCAGGUGGCUGAGCUCUCAUUGAACGUGAAUGAUGCGGAGCCGAGUGCUGGUGAGGAUUGAGUUCAGGACUGCAAGCGAAAUUUCUGUAGAGUAUACCAACCUUUUGGAACACAUUCUAAAAAAUUUCGCAACACCAAUAAAGUUUUCAUGAGAGUUAAA